CCGAGGUCCCCUGUCACGUUCUGAGGCUAUUGUCGGACACCAUGGCGGACAGCCGAGAUCCAGCCAGCGACCAGAUGAAGCACUGGAAGGAGGAGCGGGCCGCGCAGAAGCCGGAUGUCUUGACCACGGCAGGUGGUAACCCAGUAGGAGACAAACUUAACAUUAUGACUGUAGGGCCUCGCGGGCCCCUUCUUGUUCAGGAUGUGGUUUUCACCGAUGAAAUGGCUCACUUCGACCGAGAGCGAAUUCCAGAGAGAGUCGUGCAUGCUAAAGGAGCAGGGGCCUUUGGCUACUUUGAGGUCACUCACGACAUCACCAAGUACUGCAAGGCCAAAGUGUUUGAGCAUAUUGGAAAGAAGACACCCAUUGCAGUUCGAUUCUCCACUGUUGCUGGAGAGUCAGGCUCAGCUGACACAGUUCGUGAUCCUCGUGGAUUUGCAGUGAAAUUUUAUACCGAAGAGGGUAUCUGGGAUCUUGUUGGAAACAAUACCCCCAUUUUCUUCAUCAGGGAUGCCCUAUUGUUUCCGUCCUUUAUUCAUAGCCAAAAGAGAAAUCCUCAAACGCACCUGAAGGAUCCAGACAUGAUGUGGGACUUUUGGAGCCUGCGUCCGGAGUCUCUGCAUCAGGUUUCUUUCUUGUUCAGUGAUCGAGGGAUUCCAGAUGGGCAUCGGCACAUGAAUGGAUAUGGAUCGCAUACUUUCAAGCUGGUUAAUGGAAGUGGAGAGGCAGUUUAUUGCAAGUUCCAUUAUAAGACUGACCAGGGCAUCAAAAACCUCUCUGUUGAAGACGCAGCGAGACUUUCCCAGGAAGACCCUGACUAUGGCCUUCGAGAUCUUUUCAAUGCUAUCGCCACGGGCAACUACCCCUCCUGGACUUUGUACAUCCAAGUCAUGACAUUUCAACAGGCACAAUCCUUCCCAUUUAAUCCGUUUGAUCUCACCAAGAUUUGGCCUCACAAGGACUACCCUCUUAUCCCGGUUGGCAAAUUGGUCUUGAACCGAAAUCCAGUUAACUACUUUGCUGAGGUUGAACAGAUAGCCUUUGAUCCGAGCAACAUGCCACCUGGCAUUGAGCCCAGUCCUGACAAAAUGCUUCAGGGCCGCCUCUUUGCCUACCCUGAUACUCACCGCCACCGCCUGGGCCCCAACUAUCUUCAGAUACCUGUGAACUGUCCCUACCGUACUCGAGUGGCCAACUACCAGCGCGACGGGCCUAUGUGCGUGACUGACAACCAAGGUGGCGCUCCCAACUACUACCCCAACAGCUUCAGCGCCCCGGUGGAGCAGCGCCAGGCCCUGGAGCACACCUCCCGCUGCUCUGGAGAUGUGGGGCGCUACAACAGCACUGAUGAUGACAACGUCACCCAGGUGCGGGCGUUCUACACGCAAGUGCUCAAUGAGGAGCAGCGGAGACGCCUGUGCGAGAACAUCGCCGGCCACCUGAAGGACGCUCAGCUCUUCAUCCAGAAGAAAGCCGUCAAGAACUUCAUGGACGUCCACCCUGACUAUGGGAACCGUAUCCAGACUCUUUUGGACAAAUACAACGUUGAGAAGCCUAAGAACGCGAUUCACACCUUUGUGCAGGACGGGUCUCACUUGUCUGCAAAGGAGAAAGCUAACCUGUGAGGCUCCUCGGCUGGGAGGGCUGCGCCUCGAGCUCCCACCUGUAACCUGCUGUGGCCAGAUGGAGGCUUCUUCCCUGCCGUGCGCACAAUGCAAGCUAAUGUCUGAAAUGAUAAUCAAGAUACCGCUAGCAAAUAACGUAACAAUGGCUUUCAGGGCAGUUUCCCUACAGGAAAAUAAAAGUUAGCGCUUCCCAAUCACUAAACAGAAACACGUUUGCAUUUGACAGUUGGUUGGAUUAUUCACUUAGCAUAACUAGAAGUUUCUAGCCAGAAACAUGAUUUUUUGGAGGGUAAGAAAAAUAAUCUUGCUGAAAUUAGUAUGUUUACAUAUCAUCUCAUCACCUCCUAUGUAAAAAUAUGGCUAUAAUUAUACAAUAAGAAAAGACAGAAAUGUUCCACCCAGAGAAUUUUAUUUUUCUAAGAUCCUUCUAGUAAAGGCACACUGAAUGCAUCAAUAUCCUCAGGAAAUAACUUUAACAGUGUUUCUUCCUGUUGGUAAUUGAUUGGAUUAACUUUUUUUUCCACUUGGAAUUACAUUUAUGCUAAUAUUACGUUGAUUUUAUAGCAGGUUGACUUGUAAUUGCUUAAAUUUUUACAAUAAACAAUCUGUAUGUUAAAAUAGAAAAAAAAAAAAACAAGGUCUGCAGUCUUCAGCUGUGUGUUUUUAAGA